AUGGUGUCGCAGCACGGCAUCCUCCUCGCCGCCGGCCUCAUCUCCGAUCACUUCGGGCCCCUCGUAGCUAAGGUGUGCGAAUGCCUCCUCCGCCACGGAGCGCUGCAGCUGCCGGAGAUUGCGCGCCGCCUCAAGCUCCCGCGGAACCACUUGAAGAACUCUCUCCUCGUCCUCAUCCAGCACAAUUGCGUCCAGGCCUUCUCAUCCCCCAAUGGGGCCGGCCGUAGGGCAGUGACGCUCUACUUGGCCAUCUUCGACAACGUCCUGCAUCGGCUGCGCUUUGCAAAGUUCCUCUCUGUCAUCCGUGCGGACAUCCCAGAGUCAGAAGUUCUUAUCGAGGGAUUGCUUCAGAAUGGCCGGCUAACAUUUGACCAACUUGUGGAAUGCACAAUCUCUAAAGUACCAGAACGCACCACCAGACCAGAAAGGGAAGAAAUACGUUUGAACUUCAACAAACUUGUGUAUGCACGUUAUGUGGAGCGUUGCCCAAAACCUGAACCUUCUUUUGAUCUAGACGAACAGCCUACACCUGCGAGGAGAAGAGUACAAAAAACCGUCGAGGAGGUUAUUUCACUUGAGCAGAAAAUUGUCAAUACUGCAACACUUUCUGAACCAGAAAGAUUUUCUGCGAUCCCAUACAGCAUGGAAGAUGCAUCAAAUGCAAAUGAUUGUCCUCGAAACGCUGUUCGUGGUGCUAAGCGGAAAUACGGAGCCUUUGAGGUAGAUGAAGAGCGCAACUCAACAAGUGCAGAGAAUGAAGUACUUUGGCGGAUAAAUUUUGAGAAAUUUAUAUUCCGUCUAAAGAAGAAGUUCUGUGCAGACCGAAAGAAACCAAGGCUGAAGGUUGGCACACAUCCUAUCUGGGAGUCAUUUUUCGAGGCUAACUUAGCUGAUACGGAUACCAACUCUGUGACAUCAUCAAGAAAUGGUAUUUUGGAGAGAGUAGGACAAAAGGAAGGAGGUGCAGCAAUGACACUUGAUCAGAUCACAAGAGUUCUAGAGGAUUUGCAGUGUACAACUUCCACUGAUGAUCCGGAAGCAUUUACUUUUGAUUUGCGCAAAAUGGUUGAAGCUUGCAGAAAUGAGGAGAUAGAGUCGCUUGUGAAAAAGAAAUAUGGGCAAGAAGCCUUUACAAUCUUUAGGCUGUUGGUCACGCAAGGUUGUCCAGUUGAAACAGAUCGAAUUAUUGAUACAACAAUUCUUGACAAACAGAUUGUUCAUUCAACUUUGUACAAGCUAUGGAAGGAUGACUACGCGGAUUCAGAGAAAAUCACUUCCGCGCCAGGAACAGGGUAUGCACAGUUUUUUGUAUGGAGAGCGAAAAAUACAUUUCGUGAACAGUUCAUCGAUAUUCUCUAUCAUGCUGCUUUUAACUUACGCCAGGUGGUAAACCACAUUGUUGAACUUCUACUCGAGGCUCAGGGUCCAAAGGAUAAAAUAGAGUGCACUCGAAAACAAAAGGAUAAAAUAAAGCUGCUGGAAAGAAGAAGGGACAUUUUGAUCCAAGCACUCAUUAGACAUGAUGACUCUCUCAUGUUGUUCCAUGAUUUUUGA